AUGGCAAUGAUGGCAAAUGGGGCUGGCGAAAAACCAGCUGCCGAGACAUCCGCCGUCGAUGACAUCCCAGACUGCGGCGAGUGGCCUCAGAAGAGCCCUACUGUCACAACAAGGCCGAUGGAUAUGUACACAUUGGUCUAUGACGACAGCAAGUUCGAUACGUCUUCAACUCCGCUCACAAAACAAAAAGCCUUGUUCGACGUCGCCUACGCCAAUGUGGGCAGUACCGAUGGAAUAAACUCAUUUACCUUCAACGUUCCGGCUCUGGACGCAAUUUUCGCCGCUCGAAGAACGGCGAACGCCGGAAAUGACGCCGAUAAGAUUGAGGAUGUACAAUACUAUGCCUCAGAGGUCAAUCAAAACGAGAAGGACAACAAUGUUUGUUCGAUCAGGUUGAAGAACCCAGACCUGCUCUUCAUGGCAUUGGACCAAUACACCGGUUCUGAUGAUCAAACAAUGGUUUAUUGCGAUUUGACAUUCCAAAAGGCGAAUUCUCAGUUGAAGCUUCCAUUUAUCUUCUCUGGAUUAUGCUUUCCGCUGGAUUACGAAAAUGACAAGAUCACCAAGGGUGUGAUCCGCACAUACGAUCUUUAA